UGCUAGCUUCAGUCUUGGCCAGGUCGGUGUGCGAGACACAUCCACAGCGCGGUUCAUAAGCACGCACACACACAUAGACACAAGUAAACACACUCACACACACACAUUCACACAUUCGCUCCGUCAGCGUCGCGCGGGUUUUGUUGUUGGACUUGUUGUUGUUGUGCUGCAAGUCCAAGUUGUCGUCAUCGUCGUCGUUGUUGUGCGUUCACACAGAUGAGAAACGAGCAUUUUUGAAACAAAGGCAACAUAACCAAUUGGAUUACGCCACAAAUAAAAUAAAAAGCGAAAGAUUAAAACGGAACCGUUUUGUUAAUUUUAUAAGUUGCCACAAUGAAGUCAAACACACAAAUUAUAUGCACCGCGUUGCACUUAAUCACAAUUGCAGCUCUAACGACACAUGGUGCACAGAUCCCGAACUCAGCGAGUAAGUACAAAAAUUCGCUAAACGAUGCCAUCGCAGCGGCUGAGGCGGAAGCGGCAACGGCAACGGCUUCGGCACAGGCCACGCCCCCAGGCAAACAGUCAACCAUUGAGCCGAGUGUGCGGGUUAAAUGCCUGUCAGGCUCAAUGUUGAUCAGCAUUAAAGAUGCGCCACCAAAUCACGAGACGGGAUUGUUCAGUGGCAUGAUCUAUCCGAAAGGUCUAUCCAAGAACUCGACGUGCCUCAGCGAGUACAGAGAUCACAGUGGUCCAUUGAGAUACAAGUUGCCGCUGCGCAGCUGCAACACGAUGCCCAAGGUAAGUUAUCGAAAGUCAUUAACAGCUUAUAAGGCAGUGGCGAUUGGUUACAAGGAUGAUGGUGGCAUUGAGUUCUUCAACACAAUUGUGCUGCAGCCUCAUCUGAAACUGAUAACGGAUCUGGGACGCGGCUACCAUGUGCGCUGUGCCUACAAGAGUCGCGAUGCGGCAGUGAAGCCCAAGAAGCAUCUGCGUAAGCAUGCCCAGAAACCACAGGCAUUCCGCAGUGAUGAGCAUGACAGACGCGACUAUGGAAGAUCGUUGGAUAAGCAACGAUUGGGCGAUGAUGACCUCGAUGAGGAGGAUGUCUAUGAUGUGGAUGUGAAUGCGGCACAGGACGAUGAUAACGAAGUGAAUAACAACGAAAUUCCCAUGCCCGGCUGCCACAUGAAGAUCUACAACGAGGAGCACAAGAUUGCGGAUGAUGUGAAGAUCGGCGAUCCAUUGACCAUUGUGAUUAGCAUUGAUCAACAGAAGCUUUACGGUCUGCACGUGACGGAUUGCAUUGUACGUGACGGGUUGGGUUGGGGAGAGCAGCGUCUGGUGGGCGAAGAUGGCUGUCCCAUGGACAACGAAAUAAUGGGUCAGUUCAAUUAUACCGAGGAUCGUCUGGCGGCUAAUGUAACCUUCCCGGCGCACAAGUUCCCCUACACCACCUCCGUGUACUAUCAGUGCAAUGUGCGGCUCUGCGCUCUUGAGGAUCCCACCUGCCAGGAGGCGCCUCUGUGCAGCGGCAAGCGACCCAAGCGUCAGGCAAGCGAUGGCAAAGAUGAUGACGCUAUGCCAGCUACCAUUGAGGUCUUCUCCGGCCUCUAUGUCAAUGAGAAUGAGAAUGCCAAUGACAGUGACGAGGAUGCGGUGUUCAAAGAGAAGACUCUGGAGGAUGCUCUGUGCGUGUCGCAACGCACCUUUGCCAUAGCCAUCGCCAUUGCUGGCCUCAUUCUCAUGUUGGCCGUGGUUGCCGCCGUGCUCUGCAUUAUGGCACGUCGUAGCACCAAGACGGUAUCCAAUUCAGGCAGCUCCAUUUACAGCGGUCCAUAUACAAAUACCGCCUUCUCGCACAGUAGUUAAAAUGUGCAACAAAGAAAAAUAUCAGAAAAUUCAAAAUUUCAAAAACAAGAAAAACUUUUCCAAAAUGAAACACUCAAAGUGUUUAAAAUUCAAUUAAAUAUAAACAGUCCAGGAGGAUUAACACCAGGAUAAGAUACUCGCGCAGAGGAGGAAGCACAAGAAGAAGAAGAAGCAGAUGCCAAACUGCGGUAGUCAAUUGUCAAAAAUGUCUCGCGAUUAGUUUGGGAGCAAUUUAGUCUUUAAGGUCACAAUAGUUGUGCAGCGGCAGCUGCCUAAGUUUAGUAUUUUUUAUAAGUAUUCUUAUUUUGGAAUACCAACCUUACCCCCUUCCACUUUCCUAUGUGCAGAGAUUACCGGGCAAUUGACGUUUGACUAUUGCCCGCUAAUGUCGCAGAGUUGACCGGAAUGGCAGCCAAUUCGGCGUUGCCAGACUACCCACACUCUGUUUCGCAUUCCAGUUGGUGUAGGAUCCCUCGAUUCUUAUCAGAAACUCUUAACGCCGUCUCGUUCGUUCUCGUAGUGCAGUCAUUUAACUUACUUAUUAGAACUGUAAUUUAAAUAAAAACUAAACUCGAACUAACAACGAAUGCAGCAGCCGACGCUCAGGUGAUAUUUGUAUUCUAAUAUUUAUAAACUUACUUAGUUCCAAACAUACGAAAACAAAAAACCUGCCACACUUAUUUGUUCUUAGUUGAAUUUCCUGUACAAUUUUUUUCUUGUCAUUAUUUAACUACAACUAUUUGCACUACAAUAUCUUAAUACUAUCUAUAAGCAGGACAGCCCAUUUCAGCACUCAAAUAUAAUAAUAACUUGUAUUAAUUCUCAAAGUAAUUUAGCUUAAAUGCCUUUGCACAGCUUCAUUCGAGCAUUGGAAUCUCAAAAGAAAAUUAACGCUUGUCUGGAGCCGUGCAAUGCAAAUUUGAAAUAAAUACACACACAAUAUACUAUUUAAAAUUAAAUAAUAAAAAUAAAGACAACAAACUUUAGUUAGACUUAAGCUAAAAUUAAUCAAUGAAAAUGAACAAUAAAAUUCAAUUUACCUUUA